AUGGCCUUAGAGGAGACGAGAUCCAAGAUUCCUGCAGCAGCACAGGUUCAACAUCAUUCACAAUUGGAGGAAGAGGAGACACUACCGAUAUCCGAUCAAAUCUCCACCGAGAACACUUCACUUGAAUCUUCACAAUCAAAACCACUCUCAUACCCACAUUCGCGCUCGCACUCGCUAUCACUCUCAUUCCCUCUCUCGGACACAAAUCCACACCCACACUCACAUCCACACUCACCUCAACCCUCAAAAUCUCAUUUUCCUAUACAAAAUUUACCAAGAACUUCCACAUCUGAAGCAUCGGCGCGUUCGGAAGAAGAAUUGUUAGAUCCAGAUGCUGCUGCAGCUCUCGCAGAUUUACACCCAACAGAUACAAUCAUGGAUUCACAACCUUCGGGUCAUCGGCGGAGGAGAAGUAGCAUGAUGAAUAGCUUGGAUCCAAAUUCAAGAGUCCCAAAAGCAAAGCGAUCACCAAAAACUUCUAUAAUUGGAGGAGAUACGAAAUCUGGAGAUAGAGGGUCAGACGAUGAUUCGAGAUCUACUAGCGAUGAUAUGGAAUUGAAUAAUUUCUCUGAAGAUGGUGAUUUACAAGAUGAUGAGGAAACCGGUUUGACUGCCAAGUCGAGAGCAAAACGAAAGAAGAAGAAGAUACGGCAUCAAUCAAUGGAUCAUAGAAUUGCGGGAGAUAUUAAAGUAACAACAGAUGAGAAGAAAGAAGCGGAUUGGAAUGUCGUGAGGAAGAGUUUAAUGAAUGGGUCUCUAAUAGGACUUUGGUAUAUAUUUUCUCUAUCAAUAUCUAUAUAUAACAAAUGGAUGUUUGAUCCAAAACAUCUCAAUUUCCAUUUCCCUCUAUUUACAACAUGUAUGCAUAUGCUAGUACAAUUCUCUCUCGCGAGUCUCGUUCUUUACUUUCUACCUCAAUUUCGACCUCGAUAUGAUUCUAUUUCCAAUCCUCACAAUACACAUGUAUCGGAUUCAGAUAUGGCUCAACAUGAGAUUGAUAUGAAGAAACCGUUAAUGACGAGAAUGUUUUACUUUACACGAAUUGGACCUUGUGGAAUGGCAACAGGAUUGGAUAUUGGUCUUGGAAAUAUGUCUUUAAAAUUCAUAACCCUUACAUUUUAUACUAUGUGCAAAUCCUCGUCUCUCGCAUUCGUACUUCUUUUCGCAUUCGUAUUUCGUCUCGAAACUCCUUCUUGGCGUUUAGUUGGUAUUAUAUUCACAAUGACAGUUGGUGUUGUAAUGAUGGUAUUUGGUGAAGUCGACUUUUCGACCAAGGGCUUUAUUCUCGUCAUAUUUGCCGCAUUUUUCUCCGGUUUCCGUUGGGGUUUGACACAAAUUCUUCUUCUUCGCAACCCAGCAACUUCGAAUCCUUUCUCCUCGAUUUUCUACCUUGCUCCUAUCAUGUUCGCCUCUCUUCUAAUCAUCGCUACUCCCGUAGAAGGAUUUCCAGCACUUUGGGAAGGUCUGAAAACAUUAGUCGAAGUCAAAGGUCCAAUCUUCGGUCCUGCACUUUUACUAUUCCCAGGUUGUAUAGCUUUUUUCAUGACAGCCUCGGAAUUCGCUCUGCUACAGCGUACAUCCGUCGUUACUCUUUCAAUCGCAGGAAUUUUCAAAGAAGUAGUUACAAUUUCAGCCGCAGGAUUAGUUUUCCAUGAUCCUCUUACGUUAAUCAAUAUCUCUGGUCUCUUCGUCACAAUCGGUGCAAUCGCAGCAUAUAAUUGGAUUAAGAUUCGAAAAAUGAGAGAAGAUGCUCAAACAGAAGCUCAUAGAAUUCAUGAAGCUGCAGAAAGAGCAAGAGAAAGUGGAAGUGAUGCAGAUGGAGAAGAUGGAGAAAGUGAUUGGGAUGGUCAAGAGGGAAGUUAUGUUACAAAUGAUGGCGACAUUCUACCAAACCCGGAUAGAUUCCAAGUCAAAAAAGGAGAAAGUUCAAGAGCAGAAAUUGCACCAUUGGUUGGAAACAGCGCAAAGAAAGAUUUGAGUGAUUGA